GAGAGAGUGUAGAGAACCAUGGCUCUCCAACGAAACACGCGGUGCCAGCUGCUUCUUUUCACACCACAGACUCUCGCUAAGCUCACACAGAGUGGCCUCAGCAGGGGUCACUACUGAGCUAUGAACGCGGACCCCGACAUGACUGAACCGUCCCGUACCCUGGGCGGCGAAUUUCGGCAAUAGCACGUGACCCUGUCUCGUAUUUGUAUUUGGAAAUUGACUCGGCAGGCUGCAGCUGCAGGUCAGAGGACUUCCUGUGUGUCACAGGCAGGCUGCAGCAGGGGGACAGAGGACUUCCUGUGUACCACAGGCAGGCUGCAGCCGCAGGGCAGAGGACUUCCUGCUGAUCACAGGCAGGCUGCAGGAGGGGGACAGGUGAGACACUCUCACCACGUGAGCCCUACCUCUGCAGGAAAGUGCGCUCAGCCCCCCCAAGACCUAUCUGGACACAGCUGGCAGCGGCAGCAUCGAGAUUUAUUCACAGACCGCCAUCUUUGACAGCAGUAACCUGCCGCAUCCCACUCCAAUCUAUACCAGAGAGCAGUGUUAACCAUUCAGCCUUCAAAAGCAGCACGAUGGCGUUAAGGCACUAAAGGUGUCUUCUGCUGCUCUUACCUCGUGUCUUCAGUGCGUCUGGACUCUGAAAGGGAACAAAAAAAACAAUUAAAUUAGGAACAAAUAGCUUCAUUAACAUUCUUGCACACUAUUAAAAAUGAGAUUAAGCUCAUGGUAUACACAAGCAAAAUUCCAAAAUGGCAAAACGGUAAAGUUUUCUGCAGAAAUGCCGGGCUAUGUGAUUCUUCUCUACAGUAGCAGAGAUUGCUCAAACCACAGCUAAGCACAAGAGUAUAGUGAAUGUCCUAUGUCCAGAACGUUUGCCUAGAAGAAACCCUGAAUAUGUGUGCUGUUGAUAGAAUCUUUUAUGACAGUGGCAUUCUGUUUCUUAUGUUACCAGGGCAAUAGAAUUAUGAUACUGUGACAUCAUAACAUCAAAAUCAAAUCAAAAACUAUUUAAGUGUGGGAUGUCCCAUUAUCCACCAGUGUUUGUGCUGGAGAUCAUCUGUAUUGAGCUAUUCUAUUUUCUGCUUUUAAUUGUGUCAUUUCAAUUGUGUAAUUGAUUUUUUUUUUCAUCCUGAUGGAGAACUGUUGGAAAUUUUUAAGGAAACGUAGAAGGCCUGAAAGGAAAGUCACUUUGGCCAUUUUGGGGCUUGAUAAUGCGGGGAAAACUUCAACAAUCAGAAGCAUUCAAGGAGAAAACCCAGAAGACGUAUGGCCUACCGUGGGAUUUUGCCCCGUGAGCCUGAAACAGGGGCAGUAUGACGUGUCCAUCUUUGACCUGGGCGGGGGGGAGCACAUGCGUGACAUGUGGAAGCACUACUUCGCCGAGUGUCACGGCUUGAUGUUUGUGGUGGACUCCAGCGACGGCCAGCGCAUGAAGGAAACCGAGGACACGCUGGCCAAGGUUCUGAGCCACCCCCUCAUCAAGGGGAAGCCGCUUCUCCUCCUGGCAAACAAACAGGACAGAGAAGAAGCCCUGCGGGAGGCAGAUAUUGUAGAUCACCUGUCCCUGGAGACACUUGUGAAGCAGAACAAAUGCCGCUGUAAAGUAGUGCCGUAUUCUGCUGUGAUGACCGUUGGCAAGAAGGCCAUUGAGCAUGGACUGGAGUGGCUUCUGGAGUCUGUGGGCACAGCCUAUGACAACAUCAAUGGGCGCGUGCAGAAGGACACGGCCAAGCAGAGGGUGCAGGAGGAGAAGUUCAGGAGAGAGCGGGCAGAGAGGGUGCGCAAGGUUCGAGAGGAGAGGGAAAGGAGACAGCAGGAGGAGGCUGAGCGGGAAGAGGCUAAGACUGCAGAGCUGGAUCAGGGGGAGAAGGGCACCAUGGGAAACCCUGUCCAGCCAUUUGGAGACUUCAUCCCAGAGAUGAAGACAAUGAAGAAGACAGAGAGCAAGAAGGACAGUGACCAAGCAGACCACAGCCCAAAGAGGAAGAGGAAGCUGAGCUUCUGGAGGAAAAAUAAUAGAGUGGCACCUCUGACUCCAGAUGGCCCCGCCAAAACACGCGGCUGCCUCAAGAGCUGGUUUGGCUGGCUCAAGCACAAUGUGGUGACGCCACAGUGACAGGGCUCCUCCCCCACCCCCCAAGAGCUCUGCCAUAGAGAAGCAAAACAGCCAUUACCAUGUUUCCACACAACUAUACUGUUUAUGUAAUCUUUUUUUGCUUUGAGAAUUUGACCAUCCAAUUUGAAGUGUUUAUAAGUGUUUAAGAGUUUUUAAUUUAUGCUACUACUAACCCUACUAACACUACUACCACUACUGCUACUACUACUGCCA